CAACCCAGGCCAUCGUGUGGAUUGGCUCUGCGGGGAGAGACCGUUAACUACUAGGAACAAUGAACUUGCAGACACCAGGGCCCCAGUGAAGGCCAGCGCCAGUGGCUCUUGCAUGUCCACACCCUGAUCAAGCUUCAUCAGGAUGUCAGAAGGCUCCAAGGAGAGUUUGGGCCACCGAGGCCUGCCAGUAUUGGGCAAGGCCUGCUUAACCACUAUGGACAAAAAGCUUAAUGUGCUGAAUGAGAAGGUUGACAAACUCUUGCAUUUUCAAGAAGAUGUGACCGAGAAGCUACAGAGCGUGUCCAGAGGUCUGGGCCACUUGGAGCAAGGCCUGCACCGCCUGGAGGCUUCCCGAGUGCUGGGCCCAGCUGGGGCCGACCCUGCUCCCCUAGCUGAUGUGCAGGCUGGGUGGCCAGAGGUCCUAGAGCUGGUGAGAGCCGUGCGGCAGGACGCUGCCCAGCAUGGCGCCCGGCUUGAAGCCCUCUUCAGGAUGGUCGUGGCUGUGGACAAAGCCAUUGCUUUGGUGGGGGCCGUGUUCCAGAACUCGAAGCUGGUGGAUUUCAUCUUGCAAGGCAUUGUCCCUUGCAGGGGAGGAAGCCUGGUUGAAGGUGCUGCUGAGCACAAAGAGCGCGUGGAAGAGAAAGAAGCAAAACCAAAUCAUGCAGCGAGCACCAGGGGUGUGCAAGCCGAGACCAGGGGGCCCUGGGAAGAGAGCCAGAAGCCUGACUUGCCAGAGAGGGCGGCAGAGAGGCUGUCCCCACUCAGCCCUUCAGGGAUGGGAUCUGACCUCUUCACCCAGGCAGAGGCCUUGCCAGAGCAGGGGGAUGGCGUUCCUGGCCUGACCCAGCCCCCUGGCCACCUGCUGCUGCCCACAGAGGCGGAAGCUAAUGGAGCAUCCAGCAAGAAGCCCGAGACUAACCCGGAAUUAUCUGUGGCACCCGAUCUGGUCAGUGAAGCCCCCGCUGACCAGGAGGCUGCACUGGUCACAGAAGAAGGAGCUUCAUCCGACAGACCGGAUCCCGAUCCUCAACCCUUAGAGGAAGGCAUGAGGCUGACUUCAGGACCGCCUGCCCAGGCCAAAGCAGCUCACAGUGGUGGAGAAACAUGUCCAAGCAUCUCCAUCCACGUGCAGGAGACGGAUACCCCUGGCGAGCUGCUGGUGGCAGGAGGAGAUAGCUUCAGACCCACACCCCCUGUGGAGUCUCCAGCAGCUGCCCAUCCAGGUGGGCAGGACCCACCUGAACCCACAUGCUGUUCUCAGGCCCCUGGAACUGCGUCGAGCAAUCAGAUCCCACAAGAAGCCAGUGAAUUUCCUCUCCUGCAGAAGUGGAACAGCUAUGAGGAAGCAAAGGCCGACGAGAAGCAGGUCCCUGGGGUCAAGCCUGCCACGGGACCAGGAGGGGCCAGGAGGGACAGAGGAGAAGACUCUGGGUCCCUGGGCCUGCAGCAGGAGGAAGGCCCAGGAGCAGGAAAUCCUGAGCCCAGGAAGGGCUCCUCAGCAGGGAGCUCGGGAGGAGCAGAAGCAGGACAGACAGUGCCCCUGGGCGCCGAGGCUGGCAGCAUGAUUCUGGAUGACAGUCCAGCCCCACCAGCCCCUUUCGAGCACCGGAUGGUGAAUGUCAAGGAGACCUCAACCUCAGCGGGCUACAUGGUGUGCCAGCACGAAGUCUUGGGAGGGGGCCGGUUUGGCCAGGUCCACAGGUGCACAGAGAAGUCCACUGGCCUCUCGCUGGCGGCCAAGAUCAUCAAAGUGAAGAGCGCCAAGGACCGGGAGGAUGUGAAGAACGAGAUCAACAUCAUGAACCAGCUCAGUCAUGUGAACCUGAUCCAGCUCUAUGAUGCCUUUGAGAGCAAGAACAGCUUCACCCUCGUGAUGGAGUAUGUGGAUGGGGGUGAGCUCUUCGACCGGAUCACAAAUGAGAAGUACCACCUGACUGAGCUAGACGUGGUCUUGUUCACCAAGCAGAUCUGCGAGGGCGUGCAUUACCUCCAUCAGCACUACAUCCUGCACCUGGACCUCAAGCCAGAGAACAUACUAUGUGUCAAUCAGACAGGACAUCAGAUUAAGAUCAUUGACUUCGGAUUGGCUAAAAGGUACAAGCCUCGGGAGAAGCUAAAGGUGAACUUCGGCACCCCUGAGUUCCUCGCUCCGGAAGUUGUCAACUACGAGUUUGUCUCUUUCCCCACAGACAUGUGGAGUGUGGGAGUCAUCACCUACAUGCUACUCAGUGGUUUGUCCCCAUUUCUAGGGGAAACAGACGCAGAGACCAUGAAUUUCAUUGUGAACUGUAGCUGGGAUUUUGAUGCUGACACCUUUGAAGGGCUCUCAGAGGAGGCCAAGGACUUUGUCUCCCGGUUGCUGGUUAAAGAGAAAAGCUGCAGAAUGAGUGCCACACAGUGCCUGAAACAUGAGUGGCUGAAUAAUUUGCCUGCCAAAGCUUCAAAAUCUAAAGUGCGCCUCAAAUCCCAGUUAUUGCUGCAGAAAUACAUGGCUCAGAGGAAAUGGAAGAAACAUUUCUACGUGGUGACUGCUGCCAACAGAUUAAAGAAAUUUCCAACGUGUCCCUAAUCUUCAACUCUGCUGCUUCCAUAGACCCGGAAAAUACUGAGACCAGUGGUGAAGUGAUGACUCAAAAUUCUAAAUAAUCUAGCCCUUUACUAAUAUUGAUUCUAUUUUGUAAAAAGGUUAUGAUCCUUACCUUCCUUGAGGAUGAAAAGUGGCUUUAAAGAAAGUGACCCAGGAACUUUUGUUCCACUAUAUACGAUUACUAAAUUUGAAAUGUUCUGUUUACUUUUCAAAUAUUUCUACUUUUGGUGACAAGUGAAGGCAUGAUUUAGGUAGAUAGGAAAGCUUCUACUUUGCAUAUGUCAAAUUUAAAUUCUGAACUUCUCUGACAAGGGUGCAUAUUAUUCAGUGUUAUCCUCCAGAGAAUUCCUAGAAUUUUGGUUUGUUCUAGUGUGAGCCAACAUUUUCAUGUCCUACCUUGCUCCAGUUUGAAGUGCCAUGGAUUUAGGGACAUGUUCUUAAACUUAUUUUAAUUUGUGCUCCUUUUUGAGAAUCAAAGCACAGAUCCUUAAUAUUUUUCGAGAUUUCAAAAUAUACCAACUAUUUUAGCCAAAUCAGAAUAAUUCUUUUGAAUAUGCUUUUAAAAUCUAUACAGGGCCUCCCCGGUGGCGCAGCGGUUGAGCACUGGGUUGCGAAGCUGCCCGCGGCCUCUGCGGCGCCGGUUCAAUCCCCGGCUGCUCCCCGGCCACCAGAGGAGGGUCCCGCAUGGCGCGCAGACCUCUCCUGCCGCCCGCUGCUCCCCUCAG